AAAGAAGGGAGGGAGAAGACUGACUGAUUAACCCUGGUGUAUGGCAGGGUGAUGAAGGCUGCGUGCCGUCCCCAUGUUGUCUCUAUUUCUCUCAGUGACCCUGGUGGUCUUCCAGGGCCACGCCGCUACCAACCACGUGACUCCUUGCACACUGGAGGCUGCCUGUUCCGCCCAACGCUCACAUCCCACGCCCACAUCUUGGUACACGAGUGCUGUCACGGAGAGCAGCGCCGCCACUACUGCGCAGGGCGUGACGUCGGCUGGGCGUCGGGAUAAGAGGACCAAACACGGCAAGUGGUUGAAGAGUGUUCUUGAGGUGACAGAGGCGGGGAAUGAGUCUAGCACACUGCGAGACCUGCACGGGGUGAAGAAGAGUCCAUCCAGGGCACGGCAGUUACGCGUGCCCUUCAACCUAAGCCAACGAGAGGCCCUUCCUGUCUGCCUGAACCACGCCUCGCCAGCCACGCGGUCUAGGCCGAGGCGCGCCACGCUUCCGGCUACUCAGAACACCCACAAGGCACAUGGCCACCGCAGUCACUUCCACCAUCACCAACAGGAGCAGAAGGCGAGGCAAGAUACUGGACGUCGACUGAGGAAGCGUCAUCAAGGGCGGCAACAUCACCAGCAUCAGCGACUUCCCAGUCUGCAGUUCUCUCAGUCUGAGUAUCGCGUGACGCUGAAGGAGGACGUGCCCAUCCACACCUCCCUCCUGACGGUGGACGUGAGUGACGCUGAGGGGGCGGAGUUGAAGUACCAGCUGAGCGAUGCCAUCAAUUUUGGGAUCAGCGAGGAGGGGGUCAUCUUCACUCUCCGCCAGCUGGACCACGAGGGCUCCGGCGGCCGCUACUCCCUACAGGUCACGGCCGAGGAGCUGGGCGGUGGAUGGUGGGCGAGGUCAGCCAGCGCUCAGAUGAGCAUUAAGGUGAUGGACGCCCCGGAGCCGCCACGGUUUGACGUCCAGCACUACCAGUUCACCAUCUCGGAGUUCGCGCGGGAAGGCAGCUACGUGGGCACCGUGCGAGCGAAGGAUGAUGACGGAGAUCUCGACCGGUACUUCUUGCGUGGGAGGGACGUGACAGAAUCGUUCGCCAUUGACGCCAGCACGGGAGUCAUCACACUGGAGGAGAACCCGGACGGCUCACACUGGCAAUACCACCUCAAGGCAGGGGCAGAGGACCGCUUGGGACACGUUACUCUCGUCCCCGUCAGCGUCUUCUUCAUCUCCGGAAAUCCAGCUUACGAGCCGCUUGUCUCCGUAACUCAAGGUGACAGCGGCCGCCGCCCAGCCUUUCCGGAUUGUGAGUCUUAUGAGGAUACCCACGUGAUGGAGAAUGUGACGGCAGGCAGCCCUGUACUAACGGUGGUGGCUACUGACGAGGACAGCUGGCCUAGCGGCGCUCUCUCCUAUUCCCUUAUCCACAGCUUCAAUACCUUUGCCAUCCAGGCGUCCAGCCAGCGCGGUCACAUCACGACCACCCGGCGGCUGGAUCGUGACGAGGGAGAUGAGGAGUUUAUGCUGACGGUGGUAGCCAAAGAUAGCGGCUCCCCUCCCCUCCAGGCCUCGUGUUCCUUCAGGGUGAUAGUGGACGACCUCAAUGACAACUCCCCUGUGUUUAAUCAAGAGCGGUACGAUCAGACGCUGGCCACGGAUCACAACCUGGCCCUGCCCGUUGUGCGUGUCGCCGCCUCAGAUAGGGACACUGGCAGGAACGCACAUCUUACCUACCACCUGGAGGGCCACCCAAACCACCUCGAGUUCUUCUACCUGGAGCCCAUCACGGGGGUGCUCACUUUGAAGCGACACCUGCAUGACGCCAUGGCCAACACUAAGACCUUCGAUAUGCGUGUGCGGGCGGUGGACGGUGGUACACCUCCUCUGUGGUCCACGGCGCCCAUCACCGUACGUGUGGUGUCCUCGGGGGAGCUGCCGCCCUCAGUGUCCACCCAGCACCCGCGGCAGCCAGCUAUUCCAGAGAACACAACGGAGAACACAGACGUGGUGGUGGUCUGUGCGAGGUCCAACUUACCGAAGGCUCCCAAUGUUUACUUCACCCUUCUGAACGGCGACACUCCUGAGACCAAUUCAGACGGAACCUUCGCUCUCAGACAAGUGCCGGACCAUCAGGAGGAUCUGUGCGGCAACAACUCCGGCGUGAGUGUGUUUGUGGCCACCAGGAACCUCGACUUCGAGACCCUGCAGGCGUACAGACUCAAUGUUCUCAUGGUUAACGACAGGAACGCCAGGCUGGAGCAUCAGGUGGUCGUGGAUAUUUUGGACGUGAACGACAAUGCUCCGCUCCUGCAGGCGUGGGAUGGAUCUGUGCAGGAGAACUCCGCCAGCACGCUUAUCACUACCAUCAGGGCUGUAGAUAAGGACGCCUCGCCGCAGUAUAGACAGCUACGAUACUCCUUCGACGCCACGGCACCGCACGAUGUAGUCAGUAAAUUCGCGCUCAAAUCCAACGGGGAGCUUUGGAGUACGCGACGCCUGGACCGGGAGGAGCAGAGCCAGUACCGGGUGCCCAUCAGGGUGACCGACGGCAUGCCAGGGCACGCGCGAGUCACCAUCUACUGGAUCACGGUACAAGACGUCAACGAUGUGCCACCUGUGUUCGACCGGUCGCUGGGCGUAUACGAGGUGCAGCUGCCGGAGAACAGGAAGGUCGGCAAGCCCACUGGGAUUCGCCUCGCUGUGGACGACGCUGACCUGGUCAACCAGUUUGCCUUCGAUAUCAUCAGCGGGAACGAGGAAGGAAAGUUUGGUAUUGACGCCAUCUCCAGGACUCUCAUAGUAGCCACUCCUCUCGAUUACGAUGAUCCGGUGAACGACAGAAAUUUCACGCUUCGGAUCCGCGUGAAUGAUGGCGCGAACUCCCCAGCUGAGACAGACGUGGUGGUGGCGGUGGUGAAUGUAAACGACCAGCAGCCAGUGUUCCAGCGAGGCAAUUAUUCCUUCGAGGUGACCGAGAAUACCGACUGCUCCGUCACUCUUGGCCAGGUGAGUGCGUUGGACCCCGACCUGCCGCCCUCCGCCACUCAAGAUCUCGUGUACUUCCUGCCGCCGGACGAGCAGACUAACUUCACCAUCGACGCCCACUCCGGCCACCUUUCCGUCAAAGGCUGCCUGGACAGAGAGGCUGCGACAGAUGGCAUAGUGAUUCUGUACCCGCGGGCCACAGACGAGGGCGGGGAAGGCCACGAUGCUGAGCCCACCGUCGUGCAGGUCACCAUCCUCGACCUCAACGAUAACUACCCGCACCUGGUCCGCCCGCCUCAGAGUUACGCCAAGGUAAUGGAAAACCUCGAACCUCAUAUGGUGGAGCCCGUGGUGGUUCAGCUAGGGGACUCAGACGCUCCGGAACAUGGGUGUCCCUGCUCCCUGGCAUUCCACUCCUCCACCUCAGACGCUCUCAGGGACAAGUUUAACCUCACACCCCUCGGCAGAUCCCGCUACCGCCUGAGUCCCGCCGUGGUGCUGGACCGGGAGCAACAGAAGGUGUACCGCCUUUUCUUCACGGCGCGGGACAGGCAAGGUGUGGCGGGCACGCGGCGCCUCACGCUGGAGGUGGGCGACGAGAACGACUCCCCGAUGACAGACGGCACGACCACCAUCCGCGUGUACGACUACCAAGGCCAGUUCCCCUCCAUGGUGGUCGGGUCGGUGCACGUGACGGACAGUGACGACCACGACCGCCAGGACAAGACCUUCCAACUGGAGCCGAGCAGUGGCCUGGAGGCGGCGACACACUUUACGGUGGACCUGUACACUGGGGACAUCACCAUGUUGAGGGGCACGCCGGCUGGCACGCACACCCUUACAGUCACGGUGCACGACAGCUUCCGCGGGGAGGAGGCCGUGGGGCAGGCCGUCAUCAGCGUGGUGGAGCUGACGCAAGAAGCCCUCGCUCAGUCUGGUUCCCUCAGACUGGCUAACACUUCCGCCGCGGGGAUGCUGCAGCAGACCACACCAGGCGCCACUGGAACCAGCCUUUACGAGCGGCUCAGGAAACAGAUCGCCAGCAUUCACCAGGUCUUCGAGGACGAGGUAGACGUGUUCUCGCUGCAGGACUCCCCGGGGCAGCUCGGUGUAGAUGUGCAGUACAGCUGUCGCGGUUCCUCCUUCUGCAGUGCCUCCCGCCUCAACGCACUCCUGCUGAGAAGGAGGCAACAGGUGUCUGCGGCGCUAGGCGUGGAUGUCUCCCUUGUGGAUAUCAACGCGUGCCUCUACGAAGCCACGUCUCCUUGUGGCGGCCACAGCUGCCAACACACUCUCCGGCCUAACCUUACCAGGCCACUCGUGAUCUCUGAUGUCUCUGCCUCCCUUGUCGCUGUAGAAGUCGUGAGGGAUUAUACGUGCAGCUGCGGACCGUUGGAGCCUCCUCCGUCCGUGUGCUACCCAGGCUUUUGCUUCAAUGAGGGAGUGUGUCGAGUUAGAAACAACACCCUCACCUGCCAGUGCCGCGACUCCAUCAACUACGGCCCGCGGUGUGAACUUCUGACGGCCAGUUUUGAGAAUACCUUCGCUUGGUACCAACCGCUGACCGUGUGCGAACGUUCCUCCCUCACAAUCAUCUUUGAAAGCCACGACAAGAGCGGCGUCCUGUUGUACACGGGGCCGACCAUUCCCUCGCCUUGGCCGGAUUAUCCUAGAGACUUCCUGUACGUCAUUCUGCGGGACUGGGUAGUGGAGACUUUCCUGGAUCUCGGGACAGGGACCAUGAACAUCUCAGUCCCCGUCGAAGCAAACAGUUUUAAAGCCUUCCAGUACAUCCUCACGUGGGGCGAAGGAGGCGUGACGGUCGAGGUGGUCAACUGUGGUAUCAACGCGACCAGACAUGCUAACCGUAAGCCGUGCAGGAAAAAUGUGCCACUGGCGAUGUUGACCACCAGCAGUAGCAGCCCCAGCCACCUGCUCAACGCCCAGGGACCUCUUCAGGUGGGCGGUGUCGCAUCCACGGUCAGUUUCCUCCAGUUAGCAGAUUCUUAUGGGUGGACGCUAACGCCGCCCAGUGCCUCACCCUUCAGCGGCUGUGUGCUGGAGUUACGGCAGAACGACCACCUCUACGACCUCAAUGCUACGGACUUCAGCAAGAGUGCCAUCCAGCCCUGCGACGUCCCCAGGACAUCGCGGGUGGUGCUGGGCAGGCGCUCCCUGAUCAUCAUCCUCGCCAGCCUCCUCAGUCUCUUGCUACUGGUGGUGAUGAUCGUAUGUCUGGUGCGCCGGGGCAUCAACUCCCUCACACACACUGACGUGGACGGCGACAUGGUCAAGGAGACGAUGGGCAACACUGACCUGGAGGGGUUCGGCGAGAAGGACGAGACUCACUUCGAGCUCAAAUUCCUGCAGGCGACCCCGGACGGUCAUGUGGUGGGCGACGAGAACGAGAGGGCGCUUCCAGACGUGGCCCAGGACGCCUGCCUGAGGGACACCAGCGCCCCACUUCCCCAGCAGGUGCCCGAGGGACUCACCAUCGGGAACUAUAUCAGGGAGAGCAUUGUGAAGGUGAAUCAUCAUCAGCAGCAGCAGGAGUUGGAGGACUUGAGGCACUACAGUGUGGAAGGGGACGAGAUGUCAGCUGCCUCCCUUUCCUCUCUGACAUCCGAUCCCGAAUUCCCAGGAUCCUCGCGGAGUGAUAUGAUCUUCGACUGCCGGACGGAUUGGUGUCAAAGAUUUGAAAAGCUUGCACAAAUCUACCGUGCGCAGACCAAGGCCAGCGAGAUGAGUGAGGACGGGCCCCUCAGUAUCCAAGAUAAACUGUCCAGGAGCCCGUCAUUCCUGCCUCCUGAAACCACAAGUGAUAUCAAGAAUGAGGCUCUACAUUCUCCUCCGUCUCCCGCUCCUUCCUCACCGAUCUCCUCCAUGGGGGCGGGUAUCAGGUUCUCUUACGUUAAGUCCCAUCCUGAGCGGCCGCACGUGCCCGUCCUCGUCCUCAAAAGCAUUGCCAGUGAGUCUCUAACAUCUGGCCACCGAAGUAAGUCUAAUGACUGUAUUCAGAUGUCCUCACAUCCCUUAUCGGAAGAAGCAUACGCACCCUUGCAUUCCUUUACACUGAAAUCUAGCACAAAGAGAGUAGUUCCUCGAUCUUUACCUAUAAAUCAAACGCAGAAAUUGAUUUCUUCCUCAACUUCCUCCUCUUCCUCCCUACUUUAUAAACAUCAGCUGAACGCGCACACCGUCUCAGGAAGCAAGCACCAGCCUGAAGCGACAGUCACCACCAUCAGCAACUUGUACACCAAUCCCGCUCAGCGCUCCUCCACAGUCACCAAGCCAACGCACAGUAUUCCUGACAUGCCAGCCCAGGCUUCAAAGGAACCUGUCGUGAAUGGACACUUGGUCAGUCACUCCAACCCUCGCCAGUGCUCAACAAAAGCAGCGGCCUUAACAGGUCUCUCAGGCUCCAAUACGUGUGACAGCAAGAAAGUAACCACGUCUGGGAAACCAGUGAAAGGUGUGGAAACUUGGUGUUGAUGAGACGUAAGAGUAGAGGAAAUUUACUGUACAUUAGUGAACUCAAAAACACUGGUGAGCCUCCCGACCUUUUGCUCAAGUGAACUUCAUUGAUAUAAGCAUUGUGUUUCCUCAGUGGGUGACGAGCGAACUGUAUCAACAGGUGGUGCGAAUGCUCAGUGGAAUGCUUCUGUCUCGAUUGGGACUGAUUGCAAUCAUAUAAUCCCCUCUUUUCAUAAUUAAAAACAAAUUACAUCGUUAA